AUGAGCUCCUCAAAUAGAUACCCAGAUACAAAAGAGGUUGACAAGAUGGACUACGAGAAGCGAUUCCUCAUCGCAUGCGCCUGCUUCAAGUCCUGCCUAUGGGAGGAGUUCCGGUUCCUAGGUCUUGCAGACGGUAUCCGCAUAGACGUCCUUCCAGUCCUCCACAAGCUGGUGAAACUGCUGGAGGCCAUCUUUUUCCUUGGUGAGGAGAUGGCAAAAUCAUGUCCCGACUGUCUCACUGUACGCAAUAGACCCCAGGACCACUUCUUGGCUCAGUUCGAGCACAUGUGUCGCGAGCGCAUUAUGUCCCCCUUGGCGAAAGCCAUUUGUGACCUUGAAGCUGAUGAGAUGUCGGCAGAACCGAAAACGAGCGUUGAUUUUAUUGUCGCUUCGGAUUUGGAUGAUAUUCGUCCCAGCACUAUCUUGCUCUCUAGUAAGCCCCUGCCUCUUAGUAUGGGUUUCUAUGUUCCACUUAAGAAUCUUUCUCGUCCGUGA